ACAUAUAAUAGUUGAGGCGAAUUCUUCGGAAGAAUAUCCACUGCAAACUCCAAGUAACAACUGUCACAGAAAUUCAGCCACAGAAAAUCAGGCAUUGUGCGUGCACAUCGAACUAGUGUUGGCACAGAGUUAAAGAAGGGAUUUUCGGAGAAACGGAGAAAGAAGAUUCAUAGGGUCAUGAUACGAGGUGAUUGAAUCGCUGAGUAAUAAAGUGACCUGAGAGCAUACGCGUUGACGUUUAAUCAGUUGGUCAAUAUGGAACGUUGGCAUUCAUAUAAACGGCUUGACGUUGCGAAUCCAUCGCAACUGCCUGAAUAUCGAAAUGUAACUGAGAAGACACGCGACAUAAUCGUACUAAGUAAUAUAAAAAACAUGUUUGAAAAGUAUACACACGUCCGUGAAAGCGAUUUUAUCCAAGAAUUCAACGCGCUUGACACGAUACCUUCUGCAAUAUUCAAUCCAAAAUUCGUUAUAUCAAAGAUGUUGCAAAGGUAUUUCUCCAAUGUAACGCGUAUUUACAAGGAACCUACUUUCACCCAAACAUUUAUUUUCACGUAUAGUGCAGAGGACGGUGAACGUGAAUUUUUCUUCUCUAACUGUAUGAAAUUUAACGAAGAUGUUUGUAUUAUAUGCUUUUUGCAUCAAAUCGCUGAAAGUAGAGUUGAAUCGGAGAACGGAGACUAUCAUAGUUUCAUAACGUGCGAGACAGCGCAGAUCUUGAUGAAAUUAAUGAUAAAUAAGUACGGGAUAGAUCACGAAUCCGUACCGAUUGAAAACCAGUUUACAAUUGCUUCUAUUGCACUAAGUUUCCCGAGUAUAACAAACGACUUGUUCCAUAAUAAUAUUGGUCUUUCUGUAAAGUUUAUUAUUGAUUCCACAUUAUAUUUUGAUUUGCCUGAGCUGCCUAAACUGAUAUUUUUACCUCUAAGCGUGAUAGUUCUUCCCAAGUUGGAAAAUCCGCCCCUUGCGACACUCGUUGCUAUAAUGACCAAAUUACGUGACAGAAAUACGCCCGCACAAACUCCGAGAUAUUCAUUACAGUUAAUAUAUGAUCAGGUUUUUCUCCUUUACAAUACCUCAAUAUUUCCCGAAAGCUUGAAAGUGGAACUAUGCACAAAAUGGAACGUUGUGGUAAAGCAAAAUAAUGAGUAUACAUUUGCGCCUUGUUUUGAAGCAUACCGUUACAAAGCUAAAUGUAUGAUAGCAGCAUCAAGGCCACAGGAUAAAAGCUUAAAUUAUAUAUUAUCCAAAUUAUAAACACACAUACAUAUAUAUAUGUAUAUACGUAUGUGUGAUGCGUAAAUUUUACACGCGCAGUAGGUAUGCGGCAUUCGCCAAUAAUUGUUAAAUUAGUAAUACUACCAUGUAUGCGUUUAAUUUCCGUUUUGUGAUCAUCGUAGGUAUAAGGUACUUACGUCUUAAAAGACAUAUAUUCUCAAACAUUCUCGAACAUAAUUCAAUACUUAUUGUAUUUUUUUACUUAUUUAUCGUUAUUGUAUUAUUUUAACAUAUUAAAUCGUAGUCUACACAUAGAAAGAUUAAAAUACUCUUUCGCAUAAGUUUCGAGAUAUUGUACACGUACAUACAUAUAUUACCAAGUAAGGGUCUUUGUCAUAAAUUACAUUGGUAAUUAAAUAGCGUUUAUAUUAAAUAGUUAUACACAGUUGAAAAUAUACAUAAGAGAUAUCGAAAGCUAUUUAAACAAUGUAGUAUAUACUAGACAACUACCCAAGUAGAAUUAGUUAAUCACAAAAACGUCAAUAUGACAUUAAACUGAUGAAUUUUAAGUCGUAAAAUGAUCGACGUCAAGAUUUACUUUGCGACGACUGAUUUAUGACAUGCUGUUUUAUGAUAUUCGUGAUGUGUAUAAUAAUAUAUUAUUACAGAUUACAUGAUCAGUCAUAUAUUAUGUUUAUCUUAUAUUACU